UGGACAACGGAAAAGUGAAGCAUUAUAAGAUCAGAAGGCAAGAUAAUGGUGGCUACUUCGUGUCAAGGAUUCGUAGUUUUUUCACAUUGAAAGAACUAGUGGAGCACUACAGAAAUGAGGAUGGCCUCUGUGUUCGUUUGGCAGGACCCUGCAAAAAAACAAUGGCUCCAGAGACACAUGGUCUAUCUUACAACACUGUGGAUCAGUGGGAGAUCUCACGUUCCUCUCUAAAACUCUUGAAGAAGUUGGGAGCAGGGCAGUUUGGCCAGGUCUAUGAAGGCAUAUGGAAUGACAGCACAGCCGUCGCUGUCAAAACACUCAAACCAGGAACUAUGGAUCCAAAAGACUUCCUGCGAGAAGCUCAGAUCAUGAAGAAACUCCGUCACGCCAAACUGAUCCAGCUCUAUGCUGUCUGCACUACGGAAGAGCCCAUCUACAUCGUCACAGAGCUCAUGAGCAACGGGAGCCUUCUAGAAUAUCUGCAAAGUAAGACACACCCGCACAAGUCUCAAACACUAUUAUGUCAG